GAUGACUUUAGUUCAGUUGUCAAACACAAAAUAGUCUUUAUUUUUAUUCUGGUUCAUAAAAUAUUAAAGGAAUAUUUCGUUGCAGAACUCAGUAUUUCGACCAGGUAGAUCUGAUUCAAGAUUUACCCGAAAUUUAUCCUCCAUGUGAACUCCAUCAACACAGAAUAAUUCCUCUGCAAAAACGGUACGUGCGAUGGCGAGCAGCAGUAGCAACAACGCCUUGUAUCUGCGCCAGCAGUUUUCUGCUCUGCUCGGAAACACAUCAUCAUCGAUCAAGUUCAUCUGCAUAUCGACGCUAGUAGGCUAUCUACUGUCCUUCUCCGAGCAAGCGGUGGACAUCCUGAGUGUAACGCCGGGAUAUUUAAUGCCACCAACCUUCUGGAUAUGGACGAUAUUUACGUUCUUCUUCAUCGAGUUGCACUUCUGGGAAGUGCUAGUGGAUUUGAUAACAGUGGGACUCUGCGGGAAACUGAUUGAACCGUCCUGGGGUCAGAUGGAGAUGCUGCAAUACUUUGCGAUUACCAAUACGGGCGUGGCUAUAUUGACAAGUUUCUACUAUUUGUUCUACUCGAUGAUCACUAAAGAUGCCGAACUGUUGUUCGAUGUUCACAUUCACGGAUUGGCGGGAAUGAAUGCAGCUGUCAGUGUAGCAGUCACUCAAAUUAUGCCGGACCAUCUUAUAGCACGAACACCUCUUGGGAAAUUUACGAAUAGGAAUGUGCCACUCACAGUUGUUAUCUUGGCGAUAACAAUGUGGGCAUGUGGAUUGCUAGAUGGAACGUAUCCGGCUAUGUUCGCCUCUGGAUUAUAUGUGUCAUGGGUUUAUCUGCGUUUCUAUCAACGACACUCGAACGGAACUCGGGGCGAUAGUGCUGAAAACUUUCGGUUUGCAAGCUUCUUCCCAAAUGUACUGCAACCGUUUAUUAAUUUGGUGGCGAAUCGCGUGUACUUGAGCUGUCUGCGAAUUGGAAUAGUGAAACGACUUAACACUCAACAAAGCAAUUCUUCCUCACUACAAUCGGUUAAUGUUCACUCGCUGGCAGGAGUAGAUCCCCACGAUAUGGAACGAAGAAGACAAAUUGCUCUGAAGGCACUCAGCGAAAGGCUGUCCAAAACAACUGAUUCUAGUCGUCAAAAUACGUUGCCCAAGUCAUUCCCACAGACUGCCACGGCUUCUACUGGCCUUUCGGGAAAGUUUCAUCACGGCCACCAUCAUCACGGACAUCACCAUCUGCCCUUUCCAAUGACAAUCGAUCGGCCGGCAAUACCACUUCCACCACCACCAGCAAAAUCUGCGCUCAAGAGCGAUUCGCUAGCAAAAUCCUCCAGCAGUAAUACGGGCACAACGAACGCAGAUUUGAUCAAUCUGAACCCAACGGUGGUAGCGACCAGUAGCGAUCAACAAGACUCCGAUCUGGCAACGGUUGCACCGACGAACACUUAAGCAACAGCUGGACUGGUCAGGGGCAUUGUAAUUGGAUUGUUAAACGGUUUUGAUCUGUAACAUUUUGGUAUGAAAGUAAUAUUGCAUGGGAGGCCGAGUAGGACGACAAAAAUGUCACAUUUUUUAAUGCAAAGAGAAGAUGCUUUAAUAACUAUUAGGGUUCGCGCUCUACCUUUCUGUUUUUUUUUCUGUAGAUUUUAAUUGUGAUGAUAAGCUAAUAAAAUUGAAAACAAAAAAAAAAAAAGAUAUUGCAUGCAUGUUAGGUUUGUUCACCUGGGGAUGCAUUAUCUUAUAGUUCUAAUAAAUCCUACUUGUAUGGAAUAUGG